GAAGGCGCCGAAACUCGAAGUUUUGUCAAUUGUCAGUUUUAUUUUGUUUAGUUUAUUUUGGUGAUAGUUCGGUUAAACCUUAAAUUACGUUAGAAGUUCGUACUAACUUUAUUUUUAUUUCAUUAUGCAACGAAAUCGAAAAUUAGAAGAAUUUGAAAUCGAAACUAAGCCUACAAGACGGUUUGGACCGCAAACAUAUAAAGAUUUUAUUUAUAAUGAGGAAACUGGCGCAUUCUUGGGAAGAACAACUAAAAGUUGGGCCAAAAUCAUACUGUUCUACAUAAUAUUUUAUGCUGCGCUUAUCAGUCUGUUUGCGGUGUGUAUGGCGACAUUUAUGCAGCAUUUUAUAAACCCAAGAGUGCCAAGGCUACAGCUACAGGGCAGCUUGAUAGGGACUAGUCCCGGUUUGGGUUUCCGCCCCUUGCCCGAAGAUGUCCGCAGCACACUUAUCUGGUAUAAAGGCACAGGAUAUGAUAGCUAUAAAUAUUGGGAAGACCAGCUGAUCGAUUUUCUUUCAGUAUACAAGAAAAAAGGCCAGACUGCAGGCGCUGGUCAGAACAUCUACAACUGCGACUUCAAGAACCUGCCGCCGGUGGGCAAGGUGUGUGAUGUGGACAUCCGAGGCUGGGAGCCCUGUAUAGAAGAGAACCACUUCUCCUUCCACAAGUCUUCACCAUGCAUAUUUCUAAAAUUAAACAAAAUCUACGGUUGGCGACCCGAGUUCUACAACGACACCGAAAAUCUGCCCCAUGACAUGCCCAAAGACUUACAGACGAGUAUCAAGAACAUAACCAGUUACAACAGAGAUUAUGCUAAUACUGUAUGGGUGUCGUGCCAAGGUGAAACACCGACAGACAAAGAAAACAUUGGACCCCUGCAUUACAUCCCUCACCCGGGCUUCCCAGGGUUUUACUACCCAUACAAUAAUGCUGAAGGAUACCUCAGUCCCCUGGUUGCUGUGCACCUUGUGAGACCCAGGACUGGCAUUAUAAUAAACAUUGAGUGUCGCGCUUGGGCCAGGAAUAUCAAGUACAACCGCAAGGAGAAACUCGGGAUGGCCCAUUUUGAGAUCAUGAUUGAGUAGACACAAACAUUACAUUACAUAAAGUGUGUCACAGGACAUUUGAUUACACUAUUGGAACAGAUAUAAUACAUAAGUCUAUUAUAAUUUGCAAUUUACAUGUCUUAGAUUAAGGAUUGGUCUCCGCUGCGCUAAAACUAGAUAUCGCAGGCGUAUAGUCGCAAAGUGUGGCAACUAAUACUACGCCCAAGUGGGCGUACUCGUGACGCUGUCGUGCCACAUGUUCUGUUAAACUUUGCUAGUAAUUGAAACUAAAAUGCCGGGUUGCGUAGUAAAACUUUGUAAUAAUAAUAUUACCUUAAAUAAGAAAGACACUGGGUAGACACUCACAUAUAAUCAGUAAGUAUUUUGUAUUUUAUUUAUUUCAGUUAAAAAAUUUGAAAUUUCCCAUUGAGUGUCAAUAUGCCAUGCACACAAGCAUUUAAUAGUUGCCGUAAUAAAAAGCUAUUGCUCUUAGGUAGUGCCGUAUCUAGUUGGAGCGCAGCGGAGACCAAUCUUUAAUCUAGGUUAAAUGAAUUUUCAAUAGCUUGGGAAGAUAAUUUUUCGUUGGGAACGUCUUUUUUCCUACUUAAAUCUAGCACCGAAAUGCAUUUAGCUACAGCUUCUGGGUUCUACAAUAGAUUGAUGUUUAUUUUAUUAACAAUCAAAAGGAUGAAUUACUACUUAAUGAUUACUACUUUUUAGAUAAUUUGAUCUGCAUUUAUUUUACUUUUAAAUGAAAUUGAAGAAUUGAUUUCUACGUUUUAAAUAAUUUGAUCUGCAUUUUUAUUUUUAUUUUAAAUGUAUUUUGAUUAGAGUAAGUAUAAAAGACAUUUUUAUUGUUAGUACAGUCCGUUAACUAAAUUAAAUAAUUGUCUUAGAUAAAGUCUUAUUGGUAACAUACUGAUGCACAUGAUAUAAGAAUCUCUUAUAUUUAUUGUUAUCUUUAUAUUUUUUGUAGUGAGUACAAUUUUAAUGCAUUUACUGAUUUUUAUAUUUUAUAAUUUUUACAUUAUCAUCAUGGACUAGUAAAAAAAUAAGGACUCCGUGUCACCUUUCAUAACAGUGUAGCUCCAAAACAAGCCGAUUAUCGUGUGAGUACAUAGCCCCACGCACACACUUACACUACUACAGGCCGAUAGGCGGCCAUUAUGAGAAUUUUCAUCGUCUGUGACAGAUCAGUUUGCGUCUCAAUAAAAUAUUUUAAAAAUGCCGUUGUGCGUUGUGAAGAAGUGUAAAAACGAUACUAUAUUUGUGGCCAUAUAUGAUUAUUAAAGGGAGAAAAAAUUGUGUAACUAGUAUCCCCCGUAACCGCACACACACUAGCAUAACGGUGCUUCACUUGCUAAUAUCACGGCGCGUUCCUUUUUUUACUCGUCCAUUAUUAUCAUGCUAUAUUUAUAUUGUCAAUCAUAAUCUAUAAUAAUUGUAUUUUGUAUUCCUUCAGGGUUAUUAAAUCAAACAUUAUUUUUCUACAUUACAUACAUAUUGGUUUUGUUAAUUUAUACUAAUGGGUAUUAUAAAUGUCAAACUAAGUGUCGGGCUCUAAUUAUCACCGAUAAAAACUAAGUGAUUUCAUAAAAUUCUCAGUGUACACCGUGCCGAUACAAUGGCAACAUAAAUGAAUACACGGGUAGAAAUAAUCACUUAAUUAAUCAUAAAUAAACCGUAAUCAUGAAAAUAAAUCAAAAAUUUAAAGUAAAUACUCAGGUACUUGAAAUUUUUAAACAAACAAAUUAUAUAAUAUUACUAGCUGACCCGAUAGACGACUAUUCUGUAGAUAAUAAAAAAAAUACUGUUUUAUAGGAAUUUGCCAAUAAUAUUUCAAAACAUCAAGAAUUGUUUCGUAAAAAAUGCUCCCUGUUGUUAUAAUGAAAUUGUUUCACAGCAGAACUGUCAAACCGUGCGUCAAUAUAUUCUCUCACAGAAAAUAUGUCCAUACAAAACAAAUAUUGGAAAUAAAAAUAAUUAUGGGUCCCAAAUCGAAAUAAAAAGUAUCCUAUCUCUCAAGUUGGACUAAACUGCACUCCAUGAAAAAAAUCCCAUUGAAAUCCGUUCAUUAGUUUAGGAGUCCAUCGCGGACAAACAACGUGUCACGUAAUUUAUAUAUAUUAAGACUAGCUGCCCAGACAGACGUUGUUCUGUAGAUAAUAAAAAAAAUACUGUUUUUAUAGGAAAUUGCCAAUAAUAUUUCAGAACAUGAAGAAUUAUUUCGUAAAAAAUGCUCCCUGUUGCUAUAAUGAAAUUGUUUCACAGCGGAACUGUCAAACCGUGCGUCACUAAAUUAUCCCAUAGAUAUUAUGUCCAUACAAAAAAAAUAUUAAAAAUAAAAGUAAUUAUGUGUCCCAAAUCGAAAUAAAAACUAUCCUAUCUCUCAAGUUGGACCAAAUUGCACUCCAUGAAGUAAUCCCAAUUAAAAUCCGUUCAUUAGUUUAGGAGUCCAUCGAGGACAAACAACGUGUCACGUAAUUUAUAUAUAUUAAGAUGUAUUAAAAAAACAAAUUUUAAGGCCUACGAUUCGACGUCGGACAAGUAGGUAUCAGGAGCCUAAUUACCAAAAUCAAAAUACGAAGUUUCGGUUGACGGAUCGUAUAUUUUCCUAUUACGGAAGUGUUUCGGAUCCGAAAAUCGAUACAAAGUUCGCGAUUAGACAUUUUGUCUUUCGUUUACCUUAUUAUUAUUACCAAAUUCAGUUGACAUUCACUUUUUCACAUUAUUAUGAUCGUAACUACAACUUCACUUUUUAUGUCUAUGGUUCUGAAAUGAAAUCCGUCCAAACUCAAUUCGAAGUUCGUCGUUCUUUCGUUUCGGACCGAAACUUCGGCUUUCGGAUUUGGUAAUAGACCUCCAGUGCCUACGCUAGCGCGCGGCUACUAGAUUACUUACAGGUUGCUCCAAAAUAAUAUUAUGGAAAAUUUAUUUAUUUAGGUGAAUUAUGUUUUAUGUUUACAAUUAGUAGCUCUGCCCGUGAAUGCAUUUCAUGUCGCAAUUGGACGUCAUUCCAGAAAAACGUUGCAAACCACAAUCAUGUCGAAAUUGAGUUAAGGCGACACUAAAUGCCAGCGACCUUGAACGAUAUGAGUUCACAGCUGCCGGCCCGCCAUCUAUGUAACAAAGCCAAUAUUUUCAAAAUUCUUGCGUGGAAAACAGUUUAUAUGCUUACAAUCCUCGUUAUUCACUACUAACUGAAUAAAUGAACCUACACAAAAAAGUACAAGCUAUAAGAAUAACUUUGCUGAGAGAAGUACCAAAAAACGCGUCACGCCAAGCCAAAACACUUGUUUAACUUCAAAGAAAAGUAGUAGUUCAAAAAGGCUCGGCAGUGUUAACUAUAACCAACAGCAAGCAUUAGCAACCUACAAAUAAGACUUAAGGAUAUGUGUAACAGGAUUAAAUAGUGUUCAUAGCUCGAGAUGCUAUACUUUCACCACAAAACUUGUCUAAAAACAUCAUGUUUAUGUGUUUUCUGCUUACUCUUCGCCUUAAGAACACUAAACUGGUCACGUGAUUCAUAUUAACAGACUGACAAAAUAUAGCAGCCAUACUGUAACUCUUUAAAUGGCAUCAUGACAUAAUAGCCCAAUCCACGUUUAUGGAAUACACUAAUAUUUAUUAAACUUUAAACACGAAUUCCUUAAAAUGUGAUAUUUGUGGCUUGGAACAUUUUUCAGGAACUACGUCCAAUUGUAACUCCACUCUGUAUUGUAACUAUAGCUGUCUAUUUACGUGUCUCAAUUUAUAUGUAGUUUGUAAUUAUUUUAUUUAUAUCAAGUUUUAUUAUUAAGAUAGUUAUUAUAAUUAUUGUGUUACUUAUCCCUGUGAGAGAACCGGAAUAAUAUGUUAUACGGUUCUAUGUAACGUGCACGAUGAUAUUAUUCAAGAAUCAAUUUAUAUUAUGGCUUAAAAUAUAUAUGAUGAGAGGAUUCUCAAACAUAUUGAUUUUAUAUUGAGAUUAAGAAGAAAUCCGUAAAAAAUGUAUAACAUACGGCAAUUGACCAUGUUAAGUGAAAUAUAAAUGACGUCACGGCUCAAUAAUCAUUCGGCACCGCGUCAUUUUUUGGUUAUUAUUUUACGUGUAAUCGUUGAUUUUUGAGGCAUGACGUAAUAAUCGAGCACCAUAACACAUACAAGCAUUAUAAAUAAAUAUAUUGAUAAAAACUAAUUUAAAAUAGUUUUUUCGAAAAUAGCAAACGAACGACUUUAUAGGGUAAGAAUCCCAAAACUGUUUCUUCUAUUAUGUUAUAUAUUAUAUCCUUAAGAGUUAAUGAGAAAUUGAAGUUUUAUAUUUUAAGUCGAGAUUUGUGUUAAUAUAACCCACCGUAGUUUUAUUGGCCAUUAAUGAAUAUAAAUUAUAAUCGCAGGAAUCUCAUAAUCUUAACAUUGGUUUUAUUGCGGUUGCAAUAUUUUAUAAGACUUAUUGAAAUCUGCGAAUAUUGUCAGAAAUUAAAAAAAUGAUAAGCAUAUAUUGUAUGUAGGUAAAACUUUCCUUUUUUAAACUUUUUAAAUGAAAAUGUUAAAAUGAAAUAUUUUUCUCAAUAAUUGAUAAAAUAACUUGACUCUGCGCAUCAAUGACUAUUUGUGUUAUUUAUUUGUUCUAUGGUCGAACGUUUUCUUAUAAGGACUAUGAUUUUAAAUUACCAGGUUCAUAGUUGCCGUGAGGAUAAGGUUUACGACAUUUAUGUCAUAACAACUUUGUAUUAAUAGGUAAUACUUAGAGCAAGUAGGAGUUUUAUAUAAUACAAAAUGAAAAGACAGUGCUUACGUAUAUACAGGUUAAUAUUUUGCUAAGAUUUCUCUCUUUUAUAUUGAUUGUACUUACAUUCCAAUAUACCUUAUAAAUAUGAAAUGAUAAAGUUUCGUUUGAGUAUUUUUAUACUUUUUUAUUCGUCCAUUAUAGGGGACACUUACCCUACGUAGAGCGUAUUAUGAACAAGAUAAUAUCAAGUUAUUAAUAGAAUUAUCGAAAAUUAACCUGUAAUUAAUAUAAUAUAAUUUUACCUAUUAGUUGUAAAGUAUAUUUGUAAGUAUUUGGUUGCUAUGUGUAAUAAUAUCCGUCCAUUUCGAGUGCCUGAUUUUUAAUAAAUUUUAUACUAUGAAA